AUAUUUUGGUAAAAAUAAAAAUUUUUAAUUUUGCAUAAGCACCAAGUAGUAAUUUUAGCUAAUUUAGAAUUCAUUAUUUAACUUUGAAAUCAACAAUUGUGUCAUGAAAUUAUAUGAUUCAUAACAUAUUUUAAAAUUAUACCAAGUGCCUACUGCUAAUAUUUGUUUAUAAUAUUUAUGUUAUAAAUCAUAUAUCUAUCUUUAACAAUUUUAAUUAUUUGCCCAUCUUUUUAGUAUGGCAUCAAACGAAAUAAGAAAAAAAGUACUUACUACUUUCAAAUUAGUGCAUAAAGCUAGGUUACUAUGUUUUAAAAAUGAUAUUCAAAUGUUAAAUGCUGCUAAACAUCAAAUUAAUGAAGAAUUCAAAAAGAAUAAAACUGUCACAGAUCCUGUUGUGGUUCAGAAUCUUAUAACCUUUGCUCAAGAUGUUGAACAUGAACUAAGAACACAAGUAGUUCAAGCAGAAAGAGUAAAUGAAAAAAAAUUUAAAUUGAAUUUAGACCCAGAACGUCAUACUAUGGAGAAUAUACCAUAUGUUGAAUUAGAUGAUGAAACAUAUAAAAAAUGGAAAGAAGAAAAAAAGAAAAAUAUCAAAAAAAAAGAAAAGUGUUGCUGUGAUUAAAAAUUGUUUUUUUAUUUUUAAAGUUUCAAACAUUUAUAAUGAAUUGAACAUAUGUAUAGAAUUGUAUUUACAGUAAACCAGUAGUAUAAUAUAAUAUAUAUUAAUGUC